CACCCUGUCCCAGAACUACCCCACAGCAGGGCCCGAUGGGAAGCAGGCCGUCAGCCUCGGCAUUGGUUUCACGAAGCUGUGACCCUGUACUCAUUCCCUUCCUCUCCGAUGCUUUAGGUUAUGAACUCUCCAAAGUGGAAGGGAAAACGGGGACCCCUGAGAAGCCCCUCUCGGACCUUGGUCUCCUAUCCUACCGAAGCUACUGGUCCCAGACCAUCCUGGAGAUUCUGAUGGGACUGAAGUCUGAGAGCGGGGAGAGGCCACAGAUUACCAUCAAUGAGAUCAGUGAGAUCACCAGCAUCAAGAAGGAGGAUGUCAUCUCCACUCUCCAGUACCUCAACCUCAUCAACUACUACAAGGGCCAGUAUAUCCUCACAUUGUCAGAGGACAUCGUGGAUGGGCACGAACGGGCUAUGCUCAAGCGACUCCUCCGCAUUGACUCAAAGUGUCUGCACUUCACUCCCAAGGACUGGAGCAAGAGGGGGAAGUGGUGACCAGGCACAGCCCAUGGUAGCACCAACAAAGCUGGCAGAACUGGAGCUGACAGCCCAUCCCAACCCCGCCCCAGGGCCCCCCAGAGGGACACUAAGGGAGACGGACCGGGCUGAGGACAGUUCCACAAGGAGAGGGCAGGCCUGGUAAGGGCUGGUUGGUGCCCAGCACCAAAGUGAGCUCAGGGCUCAGGUCAACUCUAAGGCCAGCUGGCUGCAGGCCCAGGCUUGCUGUGAACCAAGGACCAGAGGGAGCCAGGCAGACGUGUACAGUGAGAUGGGGGUGGGGGCACUAUGUACAGAGGGUUGGUGGUUGUAAAAAAAAUUUGUAAAGUAGGAGUUGGGGGUGGGUAUUGGCUACAAAAUUCUGGCCUCUCGCCCCAGUGCCUGUCCUGCCCC